AAUUUUUCAAAAAAAAAAAAAAAAAAAAAUUACCCCAACCCCUCCUUUCCCGAUUCUACGGCCUUGGCUUUCAAGCAGGCUAUUCGCAUGCUAAAAAUAACAGCCAAAUCUCACAAAACUGCGAUACCAUCCUACUACGGCGUCACCUUGUCACAUCUCUCUGUACUAUAAAUUGUUAAUCCAACUCAAACUGGCACUCCGUCACUUACUACGAUGUGGAUUCCAGUGUAUCUAAUCAACGGAAUACCCCUAAUCACUCAGCUUACAUGUUUUUAUAACUGCUGUCCCGGAACAAAUCGAAGUAGGGUAUUCUACACCGGCAACUUCGUAAAGCAGGAAGUGAAAGGUAGGCUGAGUUUGUCAGGUAAUAAGUGAAAUUUUUUCCAUCAUUUGUAUUGUUUUCAUAUUUAUAAUUUUACAUAAACAUGAGUGCUAAACAAGAAUAUCAUAUUUCACAAAAAGAAUUUUCAAGCUAUCGUUAUAAUUUUGUAAAAUAUUUGGACGAUAUCGAAUCAUUUUUAGAUGAAGCUUUAGCCAAAGGUUUAUUGAGUGAGGAACAUAGAAGUGUAAUAAUGACUCACAGAAACCCUGACGAACAGCAUCGAUGUUUAUAUGGUUUUUUAUAUCCGAAACUACCAUAUGCGUCCGAUGAAUUGAUGUUGGCCUUGAAAAAUUCAAAUCAGAAUCGGAUAUCUAUUCUGUUCGACAAGUCAGCCUACCCGAUGAAAUUCAAACCACAUGGUCGUGUUAUAUUAAUAAAUAAUGUGAAAUUUGACGAUGAGGAGAAACACCAGGAAAGGUUCGGAAGCGAAAAGGAUGUGGAGGGUAUUACGAAACUUUUCACUGAUUUCAAUUUCGAUGUUCAACUUUAUUCUAAUAAAACGGCCGAGGAAAUGAAAGCAAUAAUUGAGAAAGCAUCGAAGGAAAGUACAGCCAGAGAAGAUUGUUUCGUUAUGUUCUUGAUGUCACAUGGUGUUAUAGGCAAUAUUGUUGGAACUGAUGGUGAGAAAUUAUCUUAUUCCACUAUAAAAACAAUUUUACGAGAUAGUUCUCAGCUGAAAAACAAACCGAAACUCAUUUAUGUAAACGCUUGCAGAGUUACUUAUGAGAAGAAAGCUGAGGAGGGAUAUUCCAAUGUUCCAGACCUCUUUGUCACUUAUGCUACUAUUGCAGAAAGGCAGGCCUAUCGAACUGAUGUGCGAGGCAGUAUUUUCAUCAAAUGUUUACUCACUGUUUAUGAAAAGAACAAAAAGGAGUGUAACAUCGUUUCCUUAUCACCUGAAAUAAAUGAACAAGUUUCCAAAGAAAGCAAUGAGAUUUCCGAGAAUCAGGUUUCAAUUGUUUAUUCCACCUUGAAGAAACAAGUAAUACUUCGAGCCAAAGACUAACCAAAUUCCGUCCUUAUUCUCUCUUCUCCUUCUUUCAUUAAAAUAGAAAGGAAAUUGAGCAACAAUAAUAUGUACGUUAAACAUCUCCAUAGUCACCGCCAUCCACUAUGUGAUGUGUCUAU